GCAUUUGAUUCUUUUUCUUUUGUAACAAGUUCUCUUCAAGUAUUAAAGGAUUUUCCCGAGUGUUACGUACGGAAUUAUCUCUGAAAAAUAACUUGAAUAAAUUCCGAAUUUAUAAUAUCGAUUAAAUAUAUAGAAAAAAUAAAUACAAAAUGUUGAAGGCACCGAAAUUUUUGGCACAAUUUGCAGCUCAACGCCAAUUGGGUUUUGCAGCCGGGAACAAAACUCAACUUUCUAGUAUUUUCGAGAAUCGAUUAUCUGGAUUCACCAAUGGAGUCUUUGGACAAGUGCGGCAUAAGUCCGAUGAAGUCAAAGGCGCUGUUAUUGGAAUUGAUUUAGGAACAACGAACUCUUGCGUUGCUGUCAUGGAAGGCAAGCAAGCAAAAGUUAUCGAGAACUUGGAAGGAGCCAGAACAACACCUUCCCACGUUGCAUUCACCAAAGACGGAGAACGUUUGGUUGGCAUGCCAGCAAAACGUCAAGCUGUAACAAACUCUGCAAAUACAUUCUAUGCAACAAAACGUUUGAUUGGCAGACGCUUUGAUGAUCCAGAAAUCAAGAAAGAUUUAAAGAAUUUAUCAUACAAAGUGGUGAAAGCCUCAAACGGUGAUGCUUGGGUGCAGAGCUCUGAUGGCAAAGUAUAUUCACCUUCACAAAUUGGAGCUUUUGUUCUAGUCAAAAUGAAGGAAACCGCCGAAGCAUACUUGAAUACCACAGUUAAAAAUGCAGUUGUUACAGUUCCAGCUUAUUUCAACGAUUCUCAACGUCAAGCUACCAAAGAUGCUGGCCAAAUUUCCGGUUUGAAUGUCCUUCGUGUAAUUAACGAGCCAACAGCAGCUGCUUUGGCAUACGGCAUGGACAAAACAGAAGAUAAGAUUAUCGCUGUUUACGAUUUGGGUGGCGGAACUUUUGAUAUCUCCAUUUUGGAAAUUCAAAAGGGUGUCUUCGAAGUGAAGUCAACAAAUGGUGACACACUCCUUGGUGGUGAAGAUUUCGAUAAUGUCAUCGUCAACUUUUUGGUAGCUGAGUUCAAGAAAGACAGUGGCAUUGAUAUCACCAAGGACUCUAUUGCAAUGCAACGUCUUAAGGAAGCAGCUGAAAAAGCAAAGAUCGAAUUGUCUUCAUCCCAACAAACAGACAUCAAUUUGCCAUAUCUUACAAUGGAUAAAUCUGGACCUCAACACAUGAAUUUGAAAAUGAGCCGUUCCAAAUUAGAAUCUUUGGUAGGAGAUCUCAUUAAGAGGACCAUCCAGCCAUGUCAAAAGGCUUUAACCGAUGCUGAGGUAUCCAAGUCAGAAAUUGGUGAAGUCUUGCUUGUCGGUGGUAUGACAAGAAUGCCAAAGGUACAAUCAACAGUCCAAGAUAUAUUCGGACGCCAGCCUUCCCGUGCAGUGAAUCCCGAUGAGGCUGUGGCAGUAGGUGCUGCAGUUCAAGGUGGUGUUUUAGCUGGAGACGUAACAGAUGUACUCUUAUUGGACGUCACCCCUCUGUCACUUGGUAUUGAAACACUUGGUGGAGUCUUUACAAGAUUGAUUACCAGAAACACCACAAUCCCAACCAAAAAAUCACAAGUCUUUUCCACCGCCGCUGAUGGACAAACACAAGUAGAAAUCAAAGUGCACCAGGGUGAACGUGAAAUGGCAUCAGAUAAUAAGCUUCUAGGAGCCUUCACUUUAGUCGGCAUUCCUCCAGCACCACGUGGUGUUCCACAGAUUGAAGUUGUGUUUGACAUUGAUGCAAACGGUAUUGUACAUGUGUCAGCACGAGACAAGGGAACCGGAAAGGAACAACAAAUUGUCAUUCAAUCAAGCGGUGGUCUUAGCAAGGACGAAAUUGAAAACAUGAUUAAGAAGGCUGAAGAGUAUGCAGCUACAGACAAACAAAAGAGAGAAAUGAUUGAGCUGGUUAAUCAAGGAGAAAGUAUCGUCCAUGAUACCGAAACAAAAAUGGAAGAAUUCAAGAGCCAAUUGCCUGCUGAAGAAUGUGAAAAACUUAAGAAGGAAAUCAACGAUUUAAGAACUCUAUUGGCAAACAAAGAUUCCGCAGAUCCAGAGGAAGUACGAAAGGCAACAAGUCAACUCCAACAAUCAUCUUUGAAACUCUUCGAAAUGGCAUACAAAAAGAUGGCUGCUGAACGUGAAGGUGCUUCAAGUAGCAGCAGUAGCGAGGAGAAGCCAUCCGAAGAACAGAAAAAAGAAGAUAAGAACUAAUUGGUAUUUCCGAGGAGAUACGGGCUAUAAUUUCCAUUGUAUUUGCCCAACAAUUAGUGCAACAGUUUUGAUUUUUUCAACAGUGAAUUGUUGAAUUACACUUCGUAUUUACUUUUAUGUAGAUUAAGUUCUCAAGGCGCAUAAAUUUACCGUAGAGAAAGUUCAGCUGAUGGACGAAGAAGUUUUAUUUAUCCUACUGAAACUUCAGAAAGCACGCACAUUGUGUCUGCUAUGCCUUCAAUUGAACAUCUUUUAGUAAAUAAUAUAAUGUGAGCUACUUACUGUUGGAUUCCUCAAAACUGUUGCUUCGUCAUACACCUUUCGACUUCUUUUUUUUUUU